CAGGUCAGGGCGGCAGCCCAAAGCAAUCGAUGAAGAACUUGCCGAUUUGAGGUGUAACAGUUCUGAGCUGUAUCGACGCCAUCUACAGGACAAUCUACGUACUGGGGAUUGUUCUGUUUGCCGUGAAAGGUUUAUCUCCGUUUAGCUGACAGAGGCAUUCCAACAAACAGCAUCCAAACACUCUCCUCAGAAACAGACAGAAAUACAGUGAGUGAGUGCUGCACUGUGUCAGACUGCAAAGGCUCCUCUUCAAGGAGGGGGGUGUCUGUAGAAAAUGAACCGCUACACAAUGCUCAAACAGCUGGGGGAUGGCACCUACGGAAGUGUACUCCUGGGCAAGAGCAACGGGACUGGCGAGCUGGUUGCCAUCAAAAGGAUGAAGAGGAAAUUUUAUUCUUGGGAAGAGUGCAUGAAUCUAAGAGAGCUGAAGUCGCUGAAGAAACUAAACCAUCCAAACGUAAUCAAACUGAAAGAGGUCAUAAGAGAAAAUGACCACCUCUUCUUUGUCUUUGAGUAUAUGAAAGAAAACCUCUACCAGCUCAUGAAUGAGAGGAACUAUGCAAUGUUCUCUGAAAAUGAGAUCAGGAACAUCAUGUUUCAAGUGUUGUCUGGAUUAGCCUUUAUGCAUAAACAUGGGUAUUUCCACCGUGACAUGAAACCGGAGAACUUGCUCUGCAUUGGUCCUGAAUUGGUCAAGAUAGCAGAUUUUGGCCUUGCCAGAGAAAUUCGCUCGCAGCCACCAUACACAGACUACGUGUCCACCAGAUGGUACAGAGCUCCGGAAAUUCUGCUCAAGUUCACCUCCUACAGCUCCCCCAUCGACAUCUGGGCAGUGGGGUGCAUCAUGGCCGAGCUGUACACGCUCCGCCCCUUGUUUCCUGGCAACAGUGAGGUGGACGAGAUCUUCAAGAUCUGUCAAGUGCUGGGAACUUUGAAGAAGGCAGAUUGGCCCGAGGGCCACGUUUUAGCCAGCUCGAUGAACUUCCGCUUCCCGAAAUGCGUCCCGACGUGCCUCAGCUCGCUGAUUCCCAACGCCAGCGAUGAAGCCAUCACACUCAUGAAGGACAUGCUGCAGUGGGAUCCCAAGAAAAGGCCAAAUGCUGCUCAGGCACUGCGGUACCCCUACUUUUACGUGGGUCAGUCACUUGGUGGCCCUCCCAAGUUUUCCAAGCAGCACAAGUUGCAGUCAAAGGAUGUCAAAGGAUCCGUGGAAGGGAAAGUUUUGUGUAAGACAACCAAGACGGCUCAGGAGCCCAAAAAGAGUCAAACGGAGCCGCAGAUCUGCAGCCAAGUUCUCCAUCAGCCUCUUCAAGCCGUCCAACCGAGCCAGCAGACCUGCAGUCAAGUUCUCCAUCAGCCUCUUCAAGCCAUCCAACCGAGCCAGCAGGCCGACAUGCAGCAGCAAGCUGAUCCCAGCUUGCUUCCAUCCAAGGAGCAACUGGAGCCACUCAACCUGGUUAAAAACAGGCCGCCGGUCGCGCCCACAAAAACAGUGAGCAUCGGGCCGGGGAACAGCGUCAGCAGGGCGAGGGCCGGACGAAGACGGUGGGGUCAAACGUCCAUCAAAUCGGUGGACAGCUGGGAGACAACCGAAGACGCCGAUGUCGGCGUUUCCAUCUCCAAAAAACCCACCAUCAACUCUUUGGGGGAGGAAGCCCUCAACGUGUCCAGUGCUUGCUUUCCACUCCCCAAGACAUCGACGGCGACAAAAGCAAAAUGCGGCAACGGACUGGCCAAAGGUGACUCGGCAAUCUUGUCUCCCAAGCAGCACUACCUGCGGCAGUCCAGAUACCUCCCAGGCAUCGAUCCAAAACGAAGAUCUUCAGCAGGCAAUCAGGGAGCCAUCAGAAGCUUGUGGGACAUCUUGGGCUUAGCUCAAAAACAGGAUUUGGAGCUCCCCCUUAUUAAUGACUCCUUCAUGUCCAAGACAAAUCUUUCACCUCUCGAGAAGUCCGAAACCAAAGACGCUAAGCAGAUGAGUCCUCUGGCGCAGAUUGGCGUUCCCUCUGCCAGUGAUCUGUCAACCCCUGCUGAUCUCAGGAUUGACUCCAAAGUCAAACUGUCCAAGACUACAAUUUUCGCCAAUAAAGAUAACCAGACGGAGCACGAUGACUUCAGAGUGCCGCAAAUCCCGUGUCCUUGUCCAAGUGGCAGCUUCUCCACAAUGAACACCUUGGCCAGAAACACACACAUUCCGCCAGUGCACGGGCGGGUGGACUGGACCGCCAAAUAUGGAGGCAAUCGAUAGAACGAGCGGCCGCGUGACGACCGCUUCCCGUUUGCCAUCGUUCAUUUGCCAAACGCUACGAGCGAAGCUCCCCAGCGACCGACUGCGACGUCACUUUUGUUGCGCUUGCAGAGACUCGUAAUCUUCCCCAAUGGGGCCUCCGUAAUUCAGUUCUGCAGCGGUAACUUGUGAGUUCUGGAACAUGACCGGACCGCCUUUGGAUCUAUGUGGACCACCUCUGGACUACAAAAUCAGCAGAAAUGCAAGCGGAGCAUCUCAAUUUUUAUGAGUGCUUGGAGGACAAAAGGAGAAGGGACUCAAAUCAGUCAGAAUGCUGCAUCAAGUCCAAAAUAUGCCUUAUGCAACUUGAUCCGUCAAUCCAAUCUUUGGCGUUUUGUAUGAGCGCAGCUGUCACAUGACCUUUGAACCUGUGUUUUGUCAAUAAAUGCACCAACUUGUCGUUCAUUGACAAGCCUGGGCGAUGUUCACACAA